AUUUGUAUAUUUGAAGUUUUGGCCCCGCCGCUCCACCCGCCCGCCCCUGUUAAUCCGAAAAGAAAAUCUAUCGGCAGUAGACAAAUCCAUGUCAGGGAUAAUGAAGCCGGCGAGUGGUAUGACAAUUACGCCGCACAAAGUAUCCGUCUGCGUGCUGGUUCAAGUCUACGCGCCGCCGGCUCAAAUCUCCGUGCCUUUCCCUUUCUCUUCUGUUUCUCAGCACAAUCGUCUCGCUCUCUACUUGCUCUCUCUCAUUAAGUCGUGUGAUGGCAUCUUGGAGCCCACUUUGGAUCAACUUAUUACUCAAUUGAGGCAAGUUGGGGGAUUAUUCAGUCACUGGAUAACUGAUCAUUUAACUAAUAGACUUGCUUCUUUGUCCUCCCCUGAUGAUUUGUUUAACUUUUUCACCGAUUUGCGAGGGAUUCUUGCUGGCCCCGAUACGACUGUCAUGGAUGAUGACCAAAUCAACUUGGAUCCGAGUAGCACUCUUGGUGUUUAUGUCCGCCGUUGCUUGCUUGCGUUUAAUUUAAUGUCUUUCGAGGGUAUUUGUCAUCUGUUAAUGAGUAUAGGAGCGUAUUGUAAAGAAGCCCUCUCUACUAGUGCUUCCUAUGACUUGCCUCAUUCAGAUGAUUUCAGUAAUGCUUCUGAGGCUUUAGAAUAUGAAAACAUGGACUUGGAGAGUUUGGUUUUUGACAAAGUCAAUGAAGAAAUCAAAUCUAGAAAGAGGUCAUAUGAAGGAGUAUCUUUUCAUAAUCAUGCACCCCGAGCACUUUUUGGAUUGGUUCAAGAUAUUAAUGUUACAGCUGAACCCAGCCAUAAAAACAUUGAUAAGCCUUUGGAGUGUAGCCCAAUAUCGCAAAGUGAUAAAUUAGGGGUUGUCGACCCUUCCGGUGGAAAUUUCUUACGUACAAACUGGCAGGUUCAGGGAUACUUACUGGAGCAGGCUGAUUUAAUUGAGAAGCAACGCAGCUCCUUUUCACUGAAUGCUUUUGAAUCCAUUUUAAAGCAGCUGCAGAGACUGGCACCGGAGUUGCAUCGUGUUCACUUUUUGCAAUAUUUGAAUAGCCUAUACCAUGAUGAUUAUCCUCUCGCACUGGAAAAUCUCCAUCGUUAUUUUGAUUAUAGUGCAGGGACUGAAGGAUGUGAACUUGUUACCCCAUCCACCGGCUGCAAUAGCCUUGGCAGAUAUGAAAAUGCUUUGUUAUGUCUUGGAAUGAUGCAUUUUCACUUUGGGCACCCAAAGCAAGCCUUAGAGGUCUUAACUGAAGCAGUACGGGUUUCUCAGCAGAACGGUGAUGACACUUGUCUUGCUUACACAAUAUCAGCCAUAUGCAAUCUUUUGUCUGAAAUCGGCAUUUCGAACACAACUGGAAUCAUUGGUUCCUCUUACUCACAUGUGACGAGUAUUGGCACUUCACUAUCCAUUCAGGAACAGUUAUUUGUGCUCUUGAGGAGGUCCCUUAAAAGAGCCGAGUCUUUAAAGCUAAAGAGACUUGUAGCUUCCAGUCAUCUUGCUAUGGCCAAAUUUGAUUUGACGCAUGUUCAAAGACCACUGAUAUCGUUUGGUCCCAAGGCUUCCAUGAAGCUUAAAACUUUUCCUGUCAAUGUUUGCAAGGAUUUGAGAUUUUGUUCUCGUUUGAUUAGUGAAUUUGACACUGAAAGCGAAUUGACAAUUACUGAUGGUGCUAUGAGUACCGUUUGGCUUGAGAAUUUGAAGAAACCAAUGGGUUCAUCGGUUUUUAUGCAAGAUAAUGGAUCUGGAACCAUUAGUGAUUGCUUCAGAUUCUGUGCACAACCUAGUUCUGUUCCUGCAUCUGUUCAGCAGUUAGUGGGUUCCUCAUACCUGGUUCGAGCUACAGCUUGGGGGGCAUAUGGCAGUGCCCCUCUUGCACGUAUAUCUGCUCUGGUUUUUGCAACUUGCUUUGCCGAGUCAUCAAGCUCAGAGGAUGUCGCAUUGGCAUAUGCCAAACUCAUCCAACAUUUAGCAUUGUUUAAAGGGUACAAAGAGGCUUUCAGUGCUCUUAGAAUAGCAGAAGAGAAAUUCUUGUCAGUCUCCAAGUCACGAAUUCUUCUACUCAAGCUGCAGUUGCUUCAUGAACGAGCUUUACAUAAGGGAAACUUGAAACAGGCUCAACAAUUAUGUGAUGAGCUUGGAGUCUUGGCAUCUUCUGCAACUGGCGUGGACAUGGAACUGAAGGCAGAAGCAAAUCUACGGUGUGCUCGGACAUUGCUUGCAGCUAACCAGUAUAGUGAGGCAGCUGCUGUUGCACACUCUCUUUUCUGCAUGUGUUACAAGUUCAAUAUGCAGGUUGAGAAUGCUACUGUUCUUCUACUGCUGGCAGAGAUUCAUAAGAAAUCAGGAAAUGCUGUUUUAGGAAUUCCGUACGUGCUGGCUAGCAUCUCAUUUUGCCAGGUGUUUAACUUGGAUCUUCUCAAAGCCUCGGCUGCUGUGACCUUAGCCGAAUUGUGGCUCUCUCUGGGGUCAACUCAUGCAAAAAGAGCCCUAACCCUCGUACAUGGAGCUCUUCCAAUCAUUCUUGGUCACGGUGGUCUGGAGCUUAGAGGUCGAGCCUGUAUUGCAGAAGCUAAAUGUUACCUAUCAGACCCAAGCUUUUCAGUUAUUGAUAAUCCUGAAGUUGUACUCGAUCCAUUGAACCAAGCUUCCGAAGAGUUCGAAAUACUGGAGUAUCAUGAAUUGGCCGCGGAAGAUUUUUACUUGCUUGCAAUUGUAUAUGACAAGUUGGGACUGUUGGAGGAAAGAGAAAAAGCUUCAGCUUCAUUUAAGAAACACAUGGUUGCACUCGAAACUCCUGUUGAUGAGGAGUGUUUUCUAUUUGACAUGUUGUAACAUUUACCAUGAAAUUUUUGAGUCUUGAGGUGGGUGGUAGACUUAGGUGCCUCACUAGUUUAGAAAGCGGUUCUUUUGUGAAAUCUGUGGACAAUUUUCAACUUGUGCAUUUUAAUAUGUGAUCUGUGCAGCUAUGCCUA